AUGGCGGAUGAUGGACUAACCGACCGCGAAUUACGGGAGCAAUUACUAGCUCUUGGACAAAAACCAGGCCCAAUUGUAGCAACUACACGCAAACAAUGGUUAAAGAAACUUGUUACCCUAAAGUCGAAUGCAAAGAAAGCAUCGAAAACCCAAGCACCUUCGCGUAAAUUGAUUGGUUUUAGCUCCGAUGAAAGUGAACCCGAUGAAGCCAAAAAGACGGUUCCGAAAUCCGGACGAGCCCCGCGAGGUCGUGGUGGUGGUGGCGGAAGGGGUGGUGCUAGAUCUCGUGCAAAAAAUAGCCAAAAAGACAUUAACAAUGACGAUGAUUCAGAAACCUCUUCUCUUUCCCACAUAACAGCCAGGCCGCCGAUUCGAUCGAGUGCAUCUGCCAAAGAUUUGGGGAACAAUAAAAUGGUUGACAACGGCAAAGGAAAAAGAAGGUCCGUUGCAAAUGGAAAUGAUAACAUGGCUGGUCCAAGUUUGGCAGCAUCAAAUCGGAGAACCCCAGCCCAACAGAAAAUAACACGCUAUUCGUCUUCAUGGGCAAAACCACCACUAAAUAUUUCACAGAAUAUUGAUGACUUUGACUCGUCCGAUUCGGACGCAGAAGACUCUCUGGGACCAGAACUCCAUUCGAUGGCAGUGAACACAAGUCCAAGUUUGGAUAUCAGCCUUCCAGAUGUGCCAUCUGGUAUUGAUUUUACCCAUCAUCGUCAUGGUGAUAGCAUCCUUUCAGAUGAUAACACGCCACAGGCGUUGACUCGGAGAUCAACAAGAACUGUUCGACCGCGUUCUGAUAGAAAUUCUCUGCUGUCCAACAAAAAGCAAGACGGAUUAUCAAGCAAUACACAAAACUUGAGACGUCAAAGUUUGCGGUCACCAAAGUCAAAAACAAAAGCAAACACUGUCACAGAUACUGCACCUGAAUCUUCAGAAGAGGAAACGUUUAUAAAACAUGGAUUUAAAGUGAAGGAGGACCCUAAAGUUUACAAGUAUUCACAGUACUGUUCAGUAUUAAUCGUGCUGGUUGUAUUCAUAUUCUUUAUAGUGCUUGGAGGACUGUAUCUGAAAGUUCGACAAGUCGAUAAACCAAAAGUGUGUGGUGAAGUAGGAAAUGAAGCCUGCCCUCCUCCUAAAGAUUACCUGAAGAAAUGUAACUCAAAGCUGUGGGAUUAUCUGAGUGGGAUAGCGGGUGACGUUGAGUGUGGCUAUGUGAAGAGAAAGCACGGACGACGGGUCGCAGUAGCUGAUGUUAAGAAAGCUGUUGAUUGUGGGAAGCAUUGGGAUGCUGCCAUUGAGGAGGUUUUCAAGAAUCCUGAUUGGAAGAUCAUAAUGUAUGAGAAAGACCUGACUAGAGCUAGGAAGUCGACAGGUGUCGCUUGGCUCGAGUCUGAGAUGGUACAGAUGCCGUGGAUGUGUCGUAUGAAGCGUGCCUAUGACAGAUUCAUAUUUGUCUUGUACAUGAUCAUAGCAGGGGCUGCUGUCAUCUUCCUUGGCGUCUCCAUCUUGAAAUAUCGCCGCCGAAGACAUGAGGAAGCCAACAAGAAAGUUUUCGCUAUGGUCGAGAAGAUUAUUGACACUCUGAAGCAGCAUCAUGAUGCACAUGAACAGAACAAGGAGCUGCAGCCGUACGUUGCCAUACUUCAUGUUCGCGACAUGCUUAUUCCCAUCAAAGAAAGGAAGAAGAAGCAGCCGAUCUGGGAUGAAGCCGUCAGAUUCCUUGAAGCCAAUGAGUCGCGUGUUCGUGUGGAAACGCAGACCAUAUCUGGUGAAGAGUUCAUUGUGUGGAGAUGGCUGCAGGUAAAUGGCCUACCAAAUGGAGGAAAGAGCAAGGUCUGGCAAGGCCAAGCAUUUGGUGAACACACGAGCCCUGGUGUGAAACAGCCAUACAGCCCGAGCCCUUGUCUCAAGGUCAGGAACAUGUUUGAUGCUGACAUUGAAUAUGGUAGCGACUGGCACAUCCAUGUUCAGGAUGCAAUUCUGGAGAAAUGUGCAGCUACGUGUCCCGAUGCUAUUUACCACAUUGCCGUGGACAAGAACUCAACAGAGGGUUGUGUGUACAUCAAGUGUAGCUGUCCUGAAGCUGCUGGCAAAGUCUAUUCAGCCUUACAUGGCUGGUGGUAUGAUGGUAACCUAGUGACAGUGAAAUACAUCCGCCUGGAGCGCUACUACGAGCGAUUCCCAUAUGCACAAGCUGCCAUGUUACCCAUGAGACCUUCCAAUGAUGAGAUGAAAUCAAUGGCACAACCGUAUCACCGGUCAGCUCUGGAGAGUUCAUAGGAACUCUUGCCUCCACACCUGUUUGGCCCAGAAAUGGCCUGAUGAACGAUUCAAAUAACAAUUGAAGGACUAAUCACUUGGUGUUACGGAGGGGCUCAAGUGCCUCAAGAAGGACUAAUCACUUGGUGUUACGGAGGGGCUCAAGUGCCUCAAGAAGGACUAAUCACUUGGUGUUAUGGAGGGGCUCAAGUGCCUCAAGAAGGACUAAUCACUUGGUGUUAUGGAGGGGCUCAAGUGCCUCAAGAAGGACUAAUCACUUGGUGUUAUGGAGAGGCUCAAGUGCCUCAAGAAGGACUAAUCACUUGGUGUUAUGGAGGGGCUCAAGUGCCUCAAGAAGGACUAAUCACUUGGUGUUAUGGAGGGGCUCAAGUGCCUCAAGAAGGACUAAUCACUUGGUGUUAUGGAGGGGCUCAAGUGCCUCAAGAAGGACUAAUCACUUGGUGUUAUGGAGAGGCUCAAGUGCCUCAAGAAGGACUAAUCACUUGGUGUUAUGGAGGGGCUCAAGUGCCUCAAGAAGGAAGGUGGCUUCAAGUCCUGUCUAUCUGCUGUAGUUACGUCUUGUUCCCUGGGAGUGUGUCCGGUGUUUCUAUGGUAAUUCAAAUCUCAGUGUUCUCCACGGUUAUAUUCUUGCAGCUUCUUGUAAACGUCUGGAAUUGCUUGGAACAGAGUAGUGUUGCAAGGAGUCAGGGUGGAGAAGGCCAACUUUGUUAAGUUGGUUGCCUUGUUGGCCCAAUGAAGACUUGCUUGGUUGGUUUGCUGAUGAAAUGACGUGUGGAGAACACUGCACAUGUUCUGGCUGGUCAUCUUGUCCAGUGACCGCGCCACACCCGGUGUUCACAACUUAUGCAGUUGGCGUAUUAGAGAGCUGACUUCUGCUUCAGUGCCAUUAUAUCAUUCGUGGUGUUAUAUUUUUUCGAUGUUUGAUGAUGUUCUGUCAUUAACUUUCUCCUCAUGUCACACGAUGUUAGAUUGGUGAUUAUCAAGGAUUCCUGAUUCAGUGCAGAAUCAAAGGGACAAAUUCACAUCAUGGUACAGUACGUCCGAUGUAUUCUACAAGGGUGCACAGAAAGUUGGUGGAGCAUUUCAUACCGACAUUGCCUUGCUACUCUUGUAAAUCAUACUCACAGUAUGAAUCUUAAUUGUAUAUAAGUGAAACUAGUGUCUGAAUCAAAAUUUCAUAACUAAAUUCUUUGAAAAUAUCUCCUGGGCAUUCUCAAAUAUCAGGGUUUAAGCUAUUUAAAGCAUGUGAGGCUUUCAGGUGUCAGACAAACAGGUGAUUGGAUUCACCCUAGCAUUGUAUUCUUUUGCUCAUGAAUUUAUCAUCGUAAGAUUUUGUGAAAUCAUUAUAAUUCAGGCACAAAAUGUAAAGCAAUAAAUGAAUGUUAACAUAGGUAAAUGAUUAGAAACUUUGUAUGUCUUGGGAGGUUUGUGUGCGACUUCUCCCGUAUUCAUCUUGACAGGUUUUCAACCUUCAAAGUGGUGUUGGUAAACUCUCAACAAUAUGUCUGGGAGAUUUUUGGAAAACUUAAUGAGGUCAAUAUAUUUACAGGUUAAUUGAGAAAUGUGUAUGGGAACUGUCUGUGUACAGUUCUGUUCAAGACAUCUUGGGGGAGGGUUAACUGUCGUAGUGUAAGAGCUGAUGUUUGCAGCUCGAGUCAAAUUUACUUGAGCAGAACUGAGAAGAGUCACUCAUGUUCAUACUAUUUAGAAAAUAAAUGUUGGGGGUUUUGCAUUUUUGUAUUGUGUUGAGAUGUCAUUUCUGUAGAUUUUGCAGUUUCCUUUGUUUUUGGAAAAGUGUACAAAAAUGGAAAGCGGUCGCUAAGUUUCCCCAUCUGAAUACAUGUACCAGUAUGUAAAUGUUAUAUAUUGACUGCUUCUGAUGUAUAUAUGUCAUGUAACAAGUUUUCUUCUUUCACAGAUGUUUGUGCUAAGGCCUCACCAGUUUGAUAGUUACAUGUAGUUUAACAAAUGUUUCAAAGCUCAUGGUGCUCAAAAACAUAAGUGGAGUUAGCAUGCUGAAGUCUGAAAAUAGAAUACCUGGUACAUUGAAUUUACAAACUAAAAAUUUGAAAGUUGGCCUAUGAUCGGUGCCCUGCUUGUUAGACCUAUGUUACUGGCUUUAUGUGGGAGGGUCACUUUAAACUUUCUGUGUUCUAGUUAUUAUUCCUCUUAAAUUUGUAUGACCUAACGGGUAUUAAUGUGCAAGUUUCUGUUCAAUGCAUUUUUGGUAAAAAUUAUGUGAUGUUUUCAUCCAUGUUAAUUGAUGGUAUUUGCUGUUUUGAGCAAUUUGACAGUGCAGUAUCUAUCCAAUUUGUCUACUCUGUCGCGGCUUGGAACUAAACUAGAGAUGACAGGAAACAACAUAGCUAUCCUUCUGUGAGUACUUGCUGGUGGGGGUGGAACAGUAACCCAAAAAAUAGUAGAACUGUAUCCAAGAAAAAUCUAUCCUUGGCUGAGCGUAAGAUGUUCUCUGACCUCACUUGGCACUGCUCCUCAGCUCAGUGUGUCUUAGUUAUCGGUUUCAUCAUUGUGGAUUCUCAUCCACGAACCACGACUUGGGCCUUUGCCAUAGCACUGAUGUCAGAUUUGGUAUGAGAGAGGGGCCAGCACAAGAGCCAACUCAGUGCCAAUAUAUAGACCACUGGCCAAUGCAUGCAGUUGCCACCACUGUUUGCAAUAUGGCGUUGUAUACAUUGAAAAGGGAUAUAUUCCGGGAUUAUUUUGAGACCUUCAAGGUGUUCAAAUAUGUACCUUUCAAUACUUCAUGGGAGUCCAGAUGCGACAGAUUUGGUGUUCGAACCCUGUUACAUUUUAAUUGAUUGUUUUGUAGAAAAACUCAUAUCCUUCAGCAUGAUGCAAAAUGAUAUAUAUGAUGUUGAUUGCAUAUUCAUUGAAUGAAAUAAAAACAUUUAUGUAA